AUGUAAAUUACUUAGCCAGAUUUCCUAAACGGCAGAGUUUGGGCUUGUCAUAGAUUUCCAUACACUUCACGGUGUUUUCUUUCCAGGUUUGCUUGUUGUUGCUAGGGGAAGUGACGUCGGCAGCGAACGGUGGCUUUUACAGUGGAGGCGAGAACCCGACAGUGGAGUGAAACUGCGCACGAACAAGGGGGAAAGUCUUAUCAGCAAGAUCCGUCUCCAUCCUUAUGUUUUGGCCAAUAAUGACCCCCCGCAUACGGAGAACAUAAACUACGCGUCUCGCACUACCGGAUGAUACCGAUAUUAUAACUCUCCGUUCCUCAGAAAGACAAAAAAGGGAUGGUGAAAUUUGGAUCGUUACAGAAGGAACUGGGAUUCUGGGGGGAAGGGGAUUGUGAAUUGAGGGGGUCGUGAACCGGGAAAAAGAAGGUGGAAUAUUUGCCGAGGUAUCGUAAACAAAAGGUUAGAAACUGAGCGUUUAGGAUAAGCAACGUUAGUUAACCAAGUUACAAACGAAGCAAGAAACGUAACGUUGAUUAAUAGCGAAAAUGGAGCUAAGAGUGGGAAACCGCUACAGAUUGGGCAGAAAAAUCGGAAGUGGAUCUUUUGGGGAUAUCUAUUUAGGCACAGAUAUUUCAGUGGGUGAGGAGGUUGCAAUUAAGUUGGAAUGCGUGAAGACCAAACACCCACAGCUCCACAUCGAGAGCAAGAUCUACAAGAUGAUGCAAGGAGGAGUGGGCAUUCCAACAAUAAAGUGGUGUGGAGCAGAAGGUGACUACAAUGUGAUGGUGAUGGAGCUGCUGGGCCCCAGCCUGGAAGAUCUCUUCAACUUUUGCUCUCGCAAGUUCAGCCUCAAGACAGUCUUGCUGCUUGCUGAUCAAAUGAUCAGUCGCAUUGAGUACAUUCACUCCAAGAACUUCAUCCACAGAGAUGUGAAGCCUGAUAACUUCCUAAUGGGACUGGGCAAAAAGGGCAACCUGGUCUACAUUAUCGACUUUGGCCUGGCUAAAAAAUAUCGUGACGCUCGCACACACCAGCAUAUCCCCUACCGCGAGAACAAGAACCUGACUGGCACCGCACGCUACGCCUCGAUCAACACACAUCUUGGGAUUGAGCAGUCGAGGCGCGAUGACCUGGAGUCCUUGGGCUACGUUCUCAUGUAUUUUAAUCUGGGCUCACUGCCUUGGCAAGGCCUCAAAGCUGCUACCAAGAGGCAGAAGUAUGAACGGAUCAGUGAGAAGAAAAUGUCCACCCCCAUUGAGGUGCUUUGCAAAGGAUAUCCCUCUGAGUUUGCAACCUACUUGAAUUUUUGUCGGUCCCUGCGCUUCGAUGACAAGCCGGACUACUCGUACCUACGGCAGCUCUUCAGGAACCUGUUUCACAGACAGGGCUUCUCUUAUGACUAUGUAUUUGAUUGGAACAUGCUUAAGUUUGGAGCCAACCGUGCAGCAGAGGAAGCAGAGAGAGAGCGCCGGGACCGGGAGGACAGGCUGAGGCAUGGCAGGAACCCAGGGGCCAGAGGAAUACCUGCUGUUUCAGGAAGACCAAGAGGAACCCAGGAAGGAGCCCCACCUACCCCGCUAACACCCACCUCACACACAGCAAACACGUCCCCUCGACAAGUUUCUGGUAUGGAGCGUGAACGAAAGGUCAGCAUGCGACUGCACCGUGGCGCUCCCGUCAACAUGUCAUCCUCAGACCUAACAGGACGGCAGGACACCUCCCGCAUGUCAACCUCACAGAUUCAGGAGCAAAUCCAACUGCAGGAUGUUGUUUGGGCAUGGUGUUGGCAUGGAGCAGAGAGAGCUGGAACAGCAGCUGCCAGGGUGUCCUUCGGGUCAGCGACCUGUCCCAAGAGACACACCCAGCUCUGGAGAGCUGGUCAGCAUGGAGGGAGCUGGUCUGGUGCCAGUCUCAUGUACUGUCUCUGAUCUGUUCUGUGAACUUCCUACCAUAAGGAAUUAAAAAGUCUUCACAUGUAAAUAAAAGAGAGAAUCUGUAUUAGCGCCACUAUUUCCAUUGUUGUCUGUCCCGCAACUACAAUGCAUUCGGCACACUCAACUACCAAGCAGGGCAUAAAUAUGACGUUUGUAGUGGUGACAUGCGCUAUACAACAAAACUGAGUACACGCCUGGUCAAGUAUCACUAAAAUGUUAAGUAAUUACAAAUCCUGUCCAUUUAAUACAAUUUUAUUUGUUUUUAGCAAAAGCCCAAGAAGAAUGAAGCCAAUUAAUUUGAAAAAGAGAAAUGUAUCACUAAACUAUAAUGGUCCAUAUUAAAUAACUAAAUGCAACAAAAGUCAGUAAACACUUCAUUAGUGAGAAUCUGUUCUCUUAUUUUUUUAUGUCCAUGUUAAUUUUUGGCCAGCCCUAUAAACGCAAAUGUGAGUGAUUGAGUAAGUGAUGAAGUUAAACCAUUUGUCAGCCGAAUGCCAUGUGACUGAGAGAUGAAGUUACCUUUGGUCAGCCGGCCGAGUGUUGGAGUUUCCCCAUUGGCCGUUGCGCUUUCAAAGUGACUUGGCGCAAACAGUUUCUGUUGCGUUAUCGGGGCAUCGUCAGCUUUCCCUAGAAGACAGUCGCCAGUAUUGCCUGCAAGCACAAGGUCAGGCUUUCAAUUGGCUUUCAAAUGACUGCUGACACAGACUUAAAUGAGCUUCUAACUUUGUCUCAGUGAUCAAUUUACAAGU